GCUCCCUCACUCAUUCCCAGCCUUUCAAUUACCCUCCCCUACUCUACAUCACCAUGCAUCUUCUCUCCCUUCUCUUUCCGGUUAUUGCCCUCAUCCCUACUGUUCUCUCUCAUGGCUACGUCUCCGGAAUUGUAGCAAACGGCGUCUACACUGCUGGCUGGCAAGUCUCCUACUGGUACGACAUUAUAAACAAGGUUCCCUAUCCACAAACCCCCGGGUGGUACGAGGAGGCAUUGGAUUUGGGGUUUGUUGCGCCUGAUCAGUAUUCGACUUCCGAUAUCAUAUGUCACAAAAACGCCGUCAAUGCAAAUGUUUCCGCUACUGUUGCUGCAGGAGGAACAGUACAAUUUCAGUGGACUACCUGGCCGCAUAAUAUUGGGCCAGUGUUGACUUAUGUCGCUAACUGUGGGGGAAGCUGCUCUACUGUCAACAAAAACAAUCUCAAAUGGGUGAAAAUCGAUCAAUCAGGUAUCAAUUUCAGCACACAAGUCUGGGCUACAGGAGCUUUGAUGGCGAACAACAAUACAUGGACGAGUACCGUACCAAAGACCCUUGCUGCUGGACACUACAUAUUCCGCCACGAAAUCAUUGCACUACACGGCGCCACAACAGCCAAUGGCGCGCAAAAUUACCCUUUCUGCGUUAACAUUGAUGUGACAGGUUCCGGGACAGCAAGUCCUGCCGGUGUGGCCGCGACGAGCUUUUACAAGGCUACAGACCCAGGAAUUUUGUUCAACCCAUAUGUGACAUUGAGUAAUUAUACGAUUCCAGGCCCAGCUUUGUGGACUGGUUAGAUGGUGAGGGAAACAUGGAAUGAGAGUGAUGAGUGAUGGUGUGUCGUGUGAGUUUGAUGGGGCGCUUGGGGAUCCAUCGGUUCUGGGGGGGUGAGAGGAGGUCUUGAUGUUGGAUUAUUUUUGAAAUGUGGUAUGAGAUGGAAUUGGAUGUUUGCGUUUGUAAAUAGUUUGACUAUUCAAUUGAACUUGUAUAUACGCGAGUAAAUCAUGUUUGAUGAUGUGAGACA